UUCACCUCCCAACUUUCACUUUCUUUUCUUCAAUCCCCUCGGUGACAGAGAGAGCAGUGCAGCAGACGAGUCGACACUCCGGAACCUUCUCUUCUCUUCUCUGCAAUGGCCGCUGAAGAGGACUCCAUUGAACAAGUAGUUGCAGCACGUCAAGAGAGGCUAAGAGCUCUUAAAGCUGCGCAAGAACUCUUAAACACUCCAGAUGAGGAUUCCUCUCUGGUUGACUCUAAUGCUGACGAAGACAAUGAAACUAGCGAAGAAACCAUGAAAUUCCGAAAUUAUGUUCCUCAUGAUAAGAAGCUUCAGGAGGGAAAGCUUGUUCCACCAGUCCUACCAAAGUUUGAAGACCCUGUUGCAGCAGUACCUUCUCCCUCAGAGAAGAAAGAGGACCCGUUUGUGAAUAUUGCUCCUAAAAAACCAAACUGGGAACUUCGCAGGGAUGUGCAGAAGAAGCUUGAUAAGCUUGAAAGGCGAACCCAAAAGGCAAUGUGUAAACUUAUGGAGGAACAAGAGAAGCAAAAGCAAUUGGAUGAAGAUGGCAGAAAUGGUGCAGAAGACUAGUAUGGCCAGCUGCAAAUUGGCAUAAUGUAACGAAUGGCAUUAGCGGAUAGAAUGACCAGCUGCAGUUCCAGCCUGGAGCGAUGUGUGGCUAUGAUUCUCCACCUCAGGAUAUUUGUGAUCUCUGCUUGAUGAUGCUGUUGUUUUUGCUAGGCCUAGGGAUGUUUGUAUUGACAUUAUUUUUUAGUUUUUGUUACUUGGGCUUUUUGUUUACGAAGUUAAUUCUACAUUUGUCCAAAUAUUUACAACUUGCCCUUCAAAAGUAAAUACCCGUUGUUGAAUCCAAUUAACUGGGGCGUUGUACUUAAAAAAUCAGAAUUUGAAUCCUUUAUUUUCCGUAA